AAUAACAUCUGACGGAAACGCAUGCUCGCUUCGUCUUUAUUUGUGAAUGUCGAAGUGGAAGGGAAGAAAGCAAGAAUCGGAACUGGGAACUGAAAUCUACACAUAAAUGCCAAUCGAAAUGUCUGCAGAUUCAUCUAGCCCUGCUAGCCAUAGAUUGAAGGCUUACAAAAACAAGGCUUUGGAUUCACAAGAGUUACGAAGGCGACGGGAAGAGGAAGGCAUUCAAAUUAGGAAACAAAAGAGAGAUCAACAGUUAUUCAAACGCCGAAAUGUUGCUAUGCCUACUGGAUCACCCGAAGAAGUGGCUGGAGAGUUCCAAGACAACUUCGUAUCCUCUACUCCAUAUAUGGGUGGAAUAACUCAAGAAAUGGUGCAAGUUUUAUAUAGUGACAAUUUACAAGAGCAAGAAGUUGCAACUCAGAAGUUCAGAAAACUGCUUUCAAGAGAACCAAACCCUCCAAUAGAUGAAGUGAUACAAACAGGAAUUGUACCGAAGUUUGUAGAAUUCUUACAGAAAGAUGGAAAUUGCACUUUGCAAUUUGAGGCUGCAUGGGCACUAACAAAUAUUGCCUCCGGUACAUCCAUACAGACACGAAUCGUCAUUGAAGCUGGUGCAGUUCCUAUAUUUAUCAGACUUUUAGCAUCAGAAAUAGAGGAUGUGCAAGAACAGGCUGUGUGGGCUCUUGGAAACAUUGCUGGUGACAGUCCAGAGUGUCGAGAUUAUGUUUUGGGAGAGGGAAUUCUUGUUCCCCUAUUACAGUUACUUAGCAAGAAAACAAGUUUAUCAAUGACAAGAAAUGCAGUGUGGUGUCUGUCCAAUUUAUGUAGAGGGAAAAAUCCACCUCCCGACUUCAGCAAGGUGUUACCAUCCCUGCCAGUAUUAGCAAAGCUCCUCUUCCACACAGACAAAGACGUCCUUUCAGAUGCCUGUUGGGCACUCUCAUACCUGUCAGAUGGUCCAAAUGAGAAAAUACAAGCUGUGAUAGAUUCUGGUGUAUGUCGGAGACUGGUAGAACUCCUCAUGCACAACCAUCAGAGUGUAGUAUCUGCUGCCCUGCGUGUAGUGGGAAACAUAGUGACGGGUGAUGACUACCAAACACAGGUGAUCUUGAGUUGUUCUGCACUGCCAUGUCUUCUACAUCUUCUCAGUAGUUCCAAAGAAUCAAUACGCAAAGAGGCCUGUUGGACAAUAUCAAAUAUAACCGCAGGAAACCGAGUACAAAUACAGUGUGUUAUAGAUUCAAAUAUAUUCCCAGUACUAAUAGAUAUAUUAGGAAAAGCAGAUUUCAAAACGAGGAAGGAAGCAGCAUGGGCGAUAACAAAUGCAACAUCUGGUGGUUCCCCUGAACAGAUCAGGUUUCUGGUGGAUCAAGGCUGCAUAUCCCCACUUUGUGAUCUUUUGACUGUGAUGGAUGCAAAGAUUGUGCAGGUGGCCUUGAAUGGUCUGGAAAACAUCUUGAAGCUUGGAGAACAGGAUGCAAAACUACACAAUGGCACAAACCCAUAUGCUGUUAUGAUUGAAGAAUGCUAUGGUUUGGACAAAAUAGAGUUUCUACAAAGCCAUCAAAACAGAGAAAUAUAUCAAAAAGCAUUCGACAUGAUAGAAAGAUAUUUCGGCACUGAAGAAGAAGACAAGACAGUAGCACCUCAAAUUGAUGAGAAUUCACAGCAGUUUCAAUUCAACCCUUCAGAAAACGUUGCCUUGGAUGGGUUUCAGUUCUAAAUUGGCUUCAAAUCUAAUUGCUUGAACAUCAGAAAAAGAGGAAAAUCUUUGCCAUUGCAGUUCAUUACUGCUGUGCCAUCAUGUGUUAUUCACAAGAGAACGAUAUAGAAGCUGAAGAAACACAUGAAGGUUUUGUUUCUGUUCCAGUUACAACAGGAAAAUAAACUUCAGUCAUAGAGUGAAUGUCGGUCAUUCUAUACUGAAUAUAAAGUAACAAACAAGGAUAGGAAACUAUCUAGCUUUGUAUCAACUGCUUGAAGGUCUAUUUUGUUGGAAAGAGUAAUAUGGCAGUUUCUUUUCAAAACAUUCACGUUAUAGUGGGCUUUACAACGGAAGAUGAAACAACUAGAAAUAUAUCAGCAGUUGAAUUGAAAUUGAAGUUCAUUCUGUUCAGAUUUCAGUUUAACAGCAUUGGAUGUGAAAUACUGGACAUAUAUGAAUGAUGGAUGGUCAUGGAAGUGUUACCCGAUAGAUAUGUUUAUAGUAGCUAGCAUUCCCCCCAAUACUAACCAGCUCCUAUCACUUUUAGUCAACUCUCUUCUUAACGACAAAUUAGUGAUGUCUAUAAAGUGCUGUAAUGUUACAAAUACAAUGAAAAUAUAUACAGAUAUCUGGAAGAUAUCUAGCUUUGUUCUGAGGGAAAGGGUGGACGUUGUUUUUAACCUCAGCAGUAAUGGAUUUAUAAAUCUUAAAACUGUAAUUUUAUGUAUGAAGAUUUUUCAACACACUUACCUGAGGGAAAGGGACGCUGCUUUUUAUAAAUGAUGGUGGUAGAGGCUAGGGACUUAAUCUAGUUCUUAUUUAUACACCUCUCUCCCUAGUUAUAAUUGUGAUUGGUUAAUGGGCAUCUGAAAUGAUGUCCUGUCUCUCAGUUAUAUCGUUUUUGGAAAGGGUUUAGUCUGCAGACUUUGGAAGAGUACUGUGACGAGGACUUCUUCUAAUGAAUUCUGUCUUUAAAAGGAAUAUGGUAGGCUUCUGUAGAGAGUUAAAUGUUCCUGAAAUAUUAUUUGGGAAUAAAAAUAAAAAAAUGUAUGAAGUGUUAAUUAUCUUGAACUUCAAAGGUUAUUUUGAUUUUGGAACAGUGUGAGUUUUAUAUUAAAAUAUACUUGUUUAAAGUGUUAGAAUUUGCAAACAAACUUACUUUGUGUAUUGAAUAUGUGUAGCCUUGGUAAUAACUUGAACACUUGGGCUGGAGAUGCAUUUUUAAUUGGUACUUGUUGAAUUUUGUUAAAAAUGUUUAUGUAAUGUACUGGUACCAGCUAGCUAGUUCAAGAAAGAGGCUCAAUUCUUACUACUUUCAUUAUUUAACUACCAUGGAUUCUACUGGUCAUGGGCAUUUCUGGGUAAUAUGUGAACAGUUGAAAACAAAAGAUGAGAAUUCUGGUCUGAAAAUGAAUUGUGUGCAACACAAUAUUUUAGAAUUUUCAGCUGAUGUCAUUAGAUUUUUGAAGAAAAAAUGUAUUUAGCAGAGUUUUUUGUUUCUAUAAGUCUGAUUCUUCCAAACAAAUACACAAUAUCUAGUUUGGAAACACAGGAUUUCUAAACAAAUUAUACUUUAUUGUAGUAAAUGAAGUCUCCAAUAAUAAAUGUAUAUGGGUCUUCAGUAAAACAAUAUUUUUCAUUUUUUGUAUUCUGUAUAUUAAAGCUGUUAAUGUCAUUUCUCAUAUAAAGCAGCCCUAUUGUACUGCAUUGAAAUACAUUCAUUUUGCUUUGUUCAUAAGUUUUAAUACAGCAUAUGCCACUCAAAUAGAUGUUCCAAUAUUCUCAUGAACAGUACAACUUUCACAAGCUCAAUAUGAUGAAUUGUGACUCAUUGGAGAAGAGGACAUUUCUUGAAAUAUCAAAAUUCUGGAGUUAGGGAUUGUUUUUGAUGACUAAAAAUAUUGAUCAGCCUUUAGCUAUCAUAUGCAACUUAUUUAACAAUAAGCUAUUAUAUGGAAUGUUUCAAAAUAUUGGUGUCAGUUUGAUAUUUUUAGUGUUUACUGAAGAUCCCAUUUCAGAACUUCUUCAUUAACCAAACCUUAACUAAUAAUGACUGUAUGAAACCUCUUGUAGCUUAAGUAAGAGACACUUUUGUAAAAACAGUAAAUUCUAAAUGUCUAAAACAUAUCCUAGCGUUAGUCUAAAGAUCUCCAUGUUUCUCAAGUUUUCUGCUCUUUGCAUACCCAAUGUUCAUAUAGUUCACCAAGCUGGCUCAUUGUAAUGUAUAGAUUUUACUGGUAUAGUACUACAUCUGUAAUAUAAGGAAACAAUUUUGACAGUUCCACUUUAACCUUCACUCUUUAUUUCUCUGCUACAUAUAUGUGCUUCCGUAGUAUAGCUUCAAAAAUUUUUUGCUGAAAAUCUGGAAUUUGUUUUCUGCCAUUCAAUCUUUUAUUUUUGAUAUUAAAUAUUUUUGCUUGGUAAUCUUUGGAUAAUUCCUAUUCUGAAAUUACAUAAUACAAUUUAAAAAGUAAAUUUUGCACGAUAUAGCGGGAAAAAAUCUCACUGGCUUUUGCAUGAAGUUCUAUUAGAAUUACUUUAGCUAAAAGGACACACACUUGACAGUGUCUUGACUUGCUGGCAUCAUCGGUUCUUUUAUGAAAUAUUAUUUGUAUUUCAUUAUACAUUUUCAACUGUUUUAAAGUUUGGCUUAUUGACACCCAUCCUACGCAUGGGUGACAAAACCACAUCUGUUCCUCAUAUUCCUUCCAGAUAUCCAACUGAUUAAUUCUUGUAUCUUUACUUUUCAUUUUGCUUUGGUCAUUGAAUUGGAUGUACUUCGUUACCACUAGUACUGUGAAAACAAAUAGGGGUGUAUUUUAUAUUGCUAUUUGUGUUAUCAGUUAUAUGGAGAUUUGACAUUCUAGAUCAACUGAAUGUUCCUUAUUCAAUCUACAAAUCUUGUGUUAAGCCCUUGAAUUUGAAAUCCCCAAUUUUUUUUUUUUAUUAUAUUAUGGAAGACUAUGAAAGCCUGGGAAUCACAAGUUCAUAUCCUACUUCAUUGUUGUUUCUUCCAUAAGUUUGAAACCUUUGUAAAGUAUAUAUUAAAUACCAGGUAUUUGUCAAUGAAUGAAGUCUGAUAGACAAAUGGCUGGUUCUGAUCACAUGUUAGUUUUCCUUAUUCUGAUAUAUUCUUAAACAUUGAGUAAUGCUAUUUGUUAAAGGCAUAAAAAAAAGUUUUCAUAAAACGGUUUGAGAAUUUCUCAUCCCUUUAAAGUGUCAGGCUGUUGAAACAUAAUAUCAGAAGAUUUUGUUAAAUUCAGUCGGUACAGACUUAACAAGUUUGCAGACUUAACAAGUUUGCUGUAAACAUCACUCUUUUUCUAGAUCUAUACUGACAAUGUUAUUUUUCUUUCUCUGUGAUUAAGUAUAAAGGUUGCACUCGGAUUAGAUUGAAUAUAUUUAUACUGUACAUAUGCAGUAAGACAUGUUUAUAAUUUACCUAUGGGACUUUUAACAAUUUUCAGAAAACCUAAUUAGUGAGGUACAUUUGAUGAUUGGAAAUAUUUCAUUAAAAUGGUUUAUUUUUGGGGAGUCUUUUCUUGUUCAAAUCUACAGAUGUAAUUAAAAACAUAAUUUUAAAUUAACAUUGAUAUUGCCUAAUUGAAACUUUGUUUUCACUUUAAUUAGUACAAUUCAUGAAUCAUUGUGUAAUCAUGAGGGCUAAGGUGUUCCCUACCGCCACUUAAACAUAAUCCUAUAUGUAUAUAUAUUUACAAUGUAGGUCUGUUUAUGAAGUUAUUAUUCAGAUAGUUGUCAUUCUUGUUUAUUGGUAGGUGUCCAUGUGCAGUAUGGCAGUGUAUACAUAAUAUGACUCCCUUCAGGAGGGUACACAGUACACAACAAAGAUGAUCGAUGAUUCAAUAUUACACCAUUUUACAAUUUUACAAAGCUGGACCAUUUUCACUUUUACUUAUUAUGUACAUUUCUUUAUUAAGAAGAAAGUUUUAUUUAAAAGAAAAGAAAAAAAAAAGGUAUUAAGAGAUAUGUAAUCACCUGGUGUUAGCUUAUGGUUGAAGAAAAGAUAAUAUAUGAAAUCACCAGGUGUAAUUUAAUGGUAAGAAACUAUUAUUGUGAGUUUCCGCAAGCCAUUGUUAUACCUAUGUUUACUUACAAAUGAAAAGUAAGACAAAUUCAAUGGUCUAAUCCAGAGUCUGUCCCAUAAAUAAGAAUUGUUUGCUGAGGAGGUUAAUAGUGUGGAUCCUUCAGUUUUUGAUUGUAUAGGAUAUGGUGGGAGACAGUAAAUGGGAAAAUAACAGAUGUAUGUUCUAGCUACUGCAAGGGACAAAAAACAUGCAUACAAAUUAAAUAAGAAAUACUGCAUAAAACCUGCAAAAACAGUAAUAAUAAAUGUACAAUAAUCAGGCUGGGGUUUUACCCAAGACAUCUUAGUUACAGAAAUGAUACAAAACAGGCACUAAACAUAAACAUUAGUAAACAGAAAUCUUAACCAUUCUGAUCAUGACUACACCAAAUAUUCAGUGCAUAACAGUUAACAGUUAAUGAUUAAUAUAUAGUGUAUUUGGUAUGCUUGGUUUUUCAAGGUUUGUGAUGAUUAUUGUACCCUUUGAAUUUUUACAAAUCUUGCAUUAUUUAGAUUUCCACAGGAAAUUCAAAUCAAGAAACUUAGAUGUCAAAAUGUCUAUUUUACAGCUAGUUUUAGACCCAAUUAAGACAUUGCCUUCCUACUAUGUUGUGUUGUCAUUGUAUGCAAUUUUUUGCUUCUCGUAAUAUACAAAGCAUAAACAUGUAUGUGAAGGUUUCUAAUGGAUAUUGCUGUUAUCCUGUAUGCUGGGAAAAAACAAAAAUGCUAGAAUUGUGAAAAUUGGUGGAAUAUGUUUUUUGUCAAUUUCAAAAACAAAACAUAUUUUUUUUACUGUGACUGGAAAAUUAUGUUAUGUUAGACAGACAGCUGUAAUAAGAUGCCUUUUUUAUAUUGUGUGUUUGUAUCCUGUGAUCCUGAUACAUUUGCUGUUUUUCUUUUUAACUCCAAAGUGAUUGUUACCUCUGUUUCAGUACAAUUUCAUUUUUGUUAAAUUUGUGAAAUGCAGGAAUUCGCAACCUAGUUGGCAUAUUAGAUGAAUAUUAACAUGACAUCAAGCCCUAGAAUUGUCAGUAUAGUCUACUGUAGGGCGUUUCCUUCUGAUACAGGUAAUCCCAGAGUACACAGUGGUUAUACCAUAUAGGCAGCACAGGGAACAUACCUUACACUUUUGAACUACACGGUCAUUGAUAUGUUACGUUACUGAAACACAUUCCAUACUUACCUGUCACAUUAUAUUUAUGUGAACUUCACUGAUAUUGCUAUAGUUAUGAAACUGUGACAGAAAUUUUGUGCUGAAAUUGAAAUCCGUAUGUAAAAUUUGGUCUGGAUAUUUUUUUUUUUUUUUUUCUUUUUUUUUUCUAGAUAAACCUGUUGAUUGAGAUUUUUUAGAUAGUUAAUAGAAAUAAAAUUUGAACAGUUUUACUUUUGGACAUUGUUUAAAUAAUGACUUGAAGUGAAAUGUGGAAAUAAUUCCAAUAUCGAUAAUUUUUUUUCCUGUUUCUUAAUUUUUCUGACUGAUUUUACAAUUAUUUUCAAAUAAUCUGUCCAGUUUAUUCUUGCCAAUCUACAAAACGUGUCCAAAUACAUACAUGCACAGAAUGUAUAAAUAUAAAUACACCAGACACUAAAACCAUAUUGUAUAUAUGUUAUUAAGUGUGUGAACAGAGCUUCAUGUACUUAAAUCACAGAAUAAGGAUGUUGCUCUUGUUACAUAUUAAACAAACCUCAGAAACCUCAGAACUAUGGGUAGAUAUUUAUGCAUUGUAUAUAUUCUCCUUUAAUAGUUCAAAACAUUGUGCUAGAUUUACUGUUUCACAUGUUCAAUGAUGUCAUGAAAGUGAUGUAAAGGCACAGUAUCAUUCCUCACCACUGGUUAUAUUCAGUGUUUGUAAAUAAGUAAAACACCAUAUUUCCUUUAAACUAACACUCUUAAAAAACUACUAUUCUUAUAUAUGAUAAUGAUUUGUGUUACUUGUGUUAUUUUCAAUGUGAUUAUAUUUCAUCUAUGUUGAAAAUUAAGAAUCAAUUUUGAUGAAAUAGUUCAGAAAUAUUAUGAAGACAUGGUUAGGGGUGCUGAGGAUGAUAUUUCACAGGAUGUAUAUACAUUUAUAUAUAGACUGGCUAGGGCUUCCCUGUCUGCUGAGGGAUGAUACUGUGAUACACAAAUUCUGUACCUUACACUUAUAUAUAUCAUAACCAGCCUGGUUGUCCACUCACAACUUUUUAUUACAUGACUAUUUUUAUACACAUUCUCAUAGAAGUGAAACAGGGUAGGGCUUAAUGAUAUUGUGCGAUUUAUUGAUGCACCUUUAAAUACUCUGUUAUUGAUAAUGAACAGAGUACAAUGUAUAAAGAAAAUAUCAGAGGAUGGAGAAUUCCUUUGAUUUUUAAGGGUUAGGUUGCUUUAAAAGCGAAGAUGGGUAUAUUGUUGUUCUAUGUACAUAUACCAAAUGCAAUACAUUUUGGCAGUCUAUUUGCAAUUAUCUGUUGACAGUGUUUGAAUAUUAACACUAAUGGCCAAGUGUUGCAGUGUGUAACUGAUCUCAUAUGUCUUUCAACUGAAAAAUAACAUAUUUGUGUACAAUUUGUUGUUUUUGUAUAAAAUUAUAUAUAACAAUGUUGUACCAAUUAAAAACUAGCAAAAUGUGAUGGAAAUUUUAAGGUAAACGUUUAAACGUUUUUCAAGAAAUCCCUUUCACUUGUUAAGGAGCAUUUUAUGAUGCAUAUACCUCCUGAAAUGUUUGUAUCUCUAAGAUCAUGAUUCUGUCAAAACUUAGGAAAAUCUAGAAGAUAAACGUUUUGAAGGAAAGCACCUUUCUUUAACUUCUUCAAAAAUAGUGUACAAGUUUGCUAUGAAACUAUUUUCUUCAAUAUCUUUAUAUAAGUCCUGUUGUUCAUAGACAUACAUUAAAAUUUCUAGUCAAAUGACAUUGUUCAUAACCUUUCAAAUUUUGAAACAAAAAAAUCUUCCAUAGUAAGCUUGUUACCGUCAUUUUGCCAUAUUGAAUUUGUAUGGCAUCUUACUGGAGCCGAACCUCCUCAUGCUGAUUGUAUUAUUUUGAAUUAAUGGUGCUACUUUAAUUCAGUACUAGAUUACAGUAAAAACCAAAAAAGUGUUGUGAUUUCCGACCCUUCUGUAUAAAACCGUUGAGAUCCUGGCCAAAGGAUUCAAAUUUCUAUUGAGGUUUGAUGUGGGUAACUAGGGGUAAAUUAACAAUUUUAAUGUUGAAUCCGACACGUGGGGUGUAUCAGAGUUCAAAUCUGAACUAGGGUUGGGACAUACAAAACACGUACAUGACUGUAUACCCAUAGUAACAUGAACAUGUUAACAACUUGCAAUGACAGGGAUACAUUAUAAUACAAGAUGCAAGAACAAAAAAGUCUCAUGCACAGAUACAUGCCAUAUAUGUUGUCAUUAUUGUGUGUGAUAAUUCAAUAAAACAUCAAAAGAAGA